UUCAAGGGAAUCUGUCAGAUGCCUUUCCGUCUGAUGAAGUAUACGAAACGGAUCCCGUCGAGCGGGAGAGUAGGUUUGACAAAGAUGACGCUCAAGCCAUGUCAUUCUUAGCCGAACAGCUCAGGUACUUUGAGUGGGAAACUUCCCAGUGGGCGUUAUUCCAACCUUACCGUCAAAAUCAUCUGGAGAAAGGCAUCAGUCGCGAAGAGCUUUGCCGUGCCUACUACAGGUGGCUCAUUGACUCCCUUGAGCGUCAUGACGAGUUGGUCCGGUCUGAACCACUGCGGAUUAACAAGAUUCUUCAAAGAAGGCUGGUUUUGAACCUUAGAGAUAUGUACCCCGAGUUGUUGAGCGACGAAAGAAACCCACCUCCUUUGGACACUACUAGCCAAGCGCCUACUCACACUCCUGCCCAACCACCAUCUUCUCCGGCUCUAGCACCAAAAGGGCCAGCAGCGCCAGCACCACAACCACCGGCCGAUGCACCUCAACCCCCAGCAGCCGCGCCUCAACCGCUGGCCGCCCCAGCCGCCCGCUCCACCCCUGACCGCGGCAAAAAUCAAAACAACGUCAACAGCCUGCAUCGCGCCAUAGCCAAUCCCAUUCCCGAGUCUCUGCCCGAACCAGAAAUCCAGCAGCCCACUAGACCUGCCAAACGCAAGAGAGCACCCUGCGCGCUCACUCGCGAGCUACGCUCCUUAAUCCAGCUUGGAGGACCUGGAAACGCUCUCGUUGGAAGGGCUGUUGUCAUUGAACCUGACAAUGCUGAUCAGCAGGAGCCACAGGAGAACGGUCCUAAUGUAGCAGGAUGAGGGCGCAGGUUGCGUCGUAGACUCAACGGCCGUGUGGUUCCACCGGAGAGUUAAUUUGCAAGUAUUGGGGAUGAUUCUUCGGUUGGGAUGAUGGAGAUAGUCUGGCUGUUGGGGAGAUAGUCUGGCUGUUGGGGAGUUAGAUUAGUACUUGGUGUGUGAGUCUGGUUGGAUAACAGAAUUUACAACAAAUAGCCAGGAUGGUGAGGUCGAGCAAAGUCGAGC